UAGGAAAUUCUGUAUCAAAGUUUCGGAUUAGUUUCUAGUUUGAUUUGCUUAACAAAAUAGAGAGAGCUACUAUUUGAACAGAAUUAGUUUGUUAACAAAUUCCAAAUUAACUUAAUCAAUUUUCAUACAUGAAAUAUGAAUAAUUCCACAAUGAACGGAACCAAGGCUAGUUUGGUGGACUCUAAUGAGUACAAUGUAGCACUAAUCAUCAUAUGGACAGCGUUAGUUGUUGUUGGAGAUGUGGGGAAUACUUUAACCAUAUACAUUAUAUGCAGAUUCACAGUGAAAUCGGCGACCAUUAUUUACAUCUUAAGUCUGGCGAUUGCAGACCUCACUUUCCUAACUGUAGUGGUGCCUUCGGCCCUGGUUGGUAUCACGAUCAACCUCCCGACGUUGCUUAUAGACCUACACCCUCUUGUUGGAUUUUUGCAGAAUACAGCAGCGCAUGUGACGUGUUGGACGUUGAUGGCGAUGACCAUUGAUAGAUACCUGGCGAUUGUGUAUCCAGUGAAGUCAUUGAAUUGGAGGACAACGAAAACAUCGGUCCUUGUCUUUACUGGAGUCUGGAUUGUGUCUGUUGUUUUGUCGAUACCAUAUGCAGUCCUCCAUGAAUCGGUGUUGUCGAAUGAAUUGGGUGUGGGAGUCAGUCUGACGUCAUUCGGAAUCCCUCUGCUUGUCAUCAUAGCUUGUUAUGCAAAAAUUCUUGUUGUCUUACACAAGAGAGACAAGGAGAUGCUUCAAAAGGUAGAAGAAAGAAAAAGAAUGAAGAAAACCAGGAGAGUGAUCAAGAUGGUUGCUGUUUUGAUCCUCUUGUUUGCUUGUUCCUGGGGUCCAAUACAAGUUCUGUUCAUGUGGAGGAAUCUGGAUCCAAGUUUUCCACAUUCUAUGGAGUUGUUUUAUUUUGAAAUAUUUGCUCACACUUUAUCAUAUGCUAAUUCUUGCAUAAAUCCGUUUGUGUAUGCGUUCAUGAAUAAGAGGAUAAGGACAGCAUUGGCAGCAAGAUUUCGAACGAAAUGCAUAUAUAUGGAAUAAAUUGGUUGGAUAUAAUUUUAUUGUCAAAAUCUCCCAUAAGGAAAUAUUUAUACGAUCACAGUGACCGGAACUUCACUGGUAAAACACUGUGCCACAGUUGAAUUAUAAGGAUGUAACUUUUCCACGAAAGUCAAUAAAUAAAGAACCUGUGCUUCCAUUUGCAAAAAUUGGUGAUAAAAAUGGAAUCUGGCCUUUUCGGGCUAAGUCUCAUUGCAAAGGCUCUUAAUAACAAAUGGGAUAUCUGUCACACUGGUUUCUAAUAUUUCUUGAAAGGAUGUCAAUUAAAAUGCUCGUACUGCGAUUAUUUACGUAGUAAACUUGAGUAAUAGUAAAUUAAGAUGACUAAUAAUCAUCUGUAACAUAGAAAAGUAAGGUCACUUUCAAAGCUUUGUUUCAGAUUAAGACUGAAAAUAAACUGCGUGAGAAAUCAAUCUCCCCCCCCCCCCCCCCCAAAAAGUAAAAUAAUAAUUAAAAAAAAAAAUUCUUCUCACCAUCCAAACUCAAAACAUCAGUUUUAACAAGUUCUCGGUUAUCAUCUUGCAUCUUAAGAACAGUCUAUUCUGAGCUAAGAUAUAUAUACAAGCGUUUUUGUAAUCUGCUACAAGGAUAUGACCUCCUAUAGAGAGUCUUUGACUAUUGCUGUUUUGGACAUGUCAUGUGUGUCAUCGGAAUAGGACUCCUUCAUCAAGACCGCAUUUUCGACAACUGUAUUAAUAAGAGUAAACUUUCCAGGCAACAAUGACACUUAAAUAUACCAUGGAUGGAAGUCGAAAAAUUAUAUCGGAACGUUCCGACGACUAGGACUUAAUGAUUAACAAAGAUUGUAUGUAACUUAUCAAUGAUAAAACUAAACAAUAGCAGAUAGGAUAUUGAGAAUGAGUGAAAGAUGGAUUAGACAAAAUAAGUCUUGUUGAAUUAAUUUAUGUAUCUAUACAUAUAGUUACAAAACAGCUUUAACGAAAGAAUUCGAUAUUUAAAUUUGUCGUUGUCUUAAAUUGAGAAGUCCUGAUCAACUUUGUAAUCACAUGAAAGGAUUCAAGUUACUCUUGGUUAUUGUUCGAAGCUGAAGGAAAGAAGUUUGUGUGGUAUCAGGUUUUGUUGAAUAAAAUUGAUUUCCUUCA